UCUCAAGUUUUUAUACACAAAAGCUCCAAAAUGAAGAAAGUUGUGUUGAAAUUGGAUUUUCACGACGAGAAAUGCAGACAGAAAGCCAUGAAGACGGCCUCCGGUAUUUCGGGGAUCGAAUCGGUUGCCAUGGACAAGGACCACAAACUGACGGUGACCGGAGACAUUGAUCCGGUGGCGGCGGUGAGGAAACUAAGGAAGCUAUGUCACACCGAAAUCGUUUCCGUCGGACCGGCGAAAGAGCCGGAGAAGAAGAAAGAAGAGCCCAUGAAAGAGGAGAAGAAAGAUGAGAAGAAGGACAUACACCAUCCACCCUACCCGUAUACCUUCGUAUAUUACCCGCCGGUACCGGAUUAUUACACUCACGGUAAAUACGUGGAAGAAGAUCCCGCCGGUUGUGUUAUCUGCUAAAUUUUUUUAAAAUUU